AGAAUUUCCUGCGUCUUCGUAUUUCUUGUUCUCGUCGCGAGUCAUUAUUGACUUCGCGACUUGGUCUUUCCCGUCACUGGCUCUGCGUUUUCCGGACACCCGUUAAAUCCACAAAACCAUGGCCCAGCUCUCCGCUGCCGACCUCCAGAGGAGGCUCGAGCUAGAAGGCGCACCCGAUCCGUUCCCUGCUCUCGGUAACUCUACUCCUGCCAAAGCGCGCGCCCCCGCGGCCAAGGAGGAGCUUGACACCGACUCGCAGACCGCCUUUCCGUCUCUCGCCCCGGCCCCGUCUGCCAACAAGGCGGCGGCCCCUGCAUGGCGACCGGUUCCCCGUCUGAAGGCGAUCCCGCAGCCCAUGAUCGCGGACUCGUUUGACGUGGCAGCUGUGGAUCUCUCGUCUGCUGGCAAGGAUGGCAAGCCGACCAGCCUCAGCGAGGUCAUGAAGCAGGUUGCAAGCAAGUAUAAGGUCAAACUAGAGGCGUCCACGAACCAGAGGACGCGCCAGACGACGUUCCAUCUCAAGGCGGACUCGCAGAAGGAUUUGGACAAAGCCAAGAAAAGUCUCAUGGCCUUGCUGUCUCCUGUGGUCACUCUCACGGUCAACGCUCCCGCUUCGACUAUCCCCGCCAUUAUCGGUCCCAAAGGUGCUACUCUCAAGCUCAUUCGUGAUCAAACUGGAGUCAAAGUCGACAUUCCCCGCAAGGACGCGUCUGCUGCUAACGGUCAUACCAACGGCGUUGCUCCUUCCGGUGCUGAUGAAGAGGAGGAGCCCACGGUCCCGGUCACCAUCACGGGUGCUCAGCCUCUCGCAUUGGAAGCGCAGACUCUGAUUAAUCAGGUCAUUGCAUCCAAGACGUCUCGUAGCACUCAACGCGUGCGAGAUAUUCCGGUCCAUGUGCUUCCGUUCAUCAAGGCUCGUCGCGCCGUGUUCGAGGCUGCCGCCGAGGGUGGAGAUGUCAAUCUUGCGCUGAGCACUGCCGACCGGGAGAUCACCGUCAGCGGCGAUCGCGAAGCUGUUGGACGCGUCGUUGAUGUUGUCAAGAGCAAUAUUGAGUCUUUACAAUCGACCAUCACCUCUCUCAAGAUCUCCUUGCCCAAACGCCAGCACCGUCUUCUGUCUGGCAAGGCUGUCGAUGAGAUCGUUGCCAAGAGUCGCUGCUCGGUCCUCGUAGCAAGCCCCGAUGAGGCGAGCGACGAAGUGACUGUUUGGGGCCAAGCCUUGGACUUGCCUCAAGGUCUCGCGGCUGUCAUGGAGAAGGCCAACUCGCAAUACAUCCACGAGUUCCCUCUUCCCGGUCCCAUUACCUUGUCUAGGCAGCUUUUGACCUACAUGACUCGGAUCAACUACCCGAAGACCCUGAGCGCCGCACAUCCGGGCGUCCAGGUCUUCACUCCCUCUCCUGCCGUGAUGGAGAAGGCGGCUAUCUUGAACAUCGAGCUCAUCGGUGAUAAGCCCGCCGUAGAUGGUGCUGUGCGCCAGGUCUCGGAGCUCAUCGGCAAACUCAUCGGCGGUAUCAAGGAGGUCAGCAUAGAUUGGCUGCUUCAUCGCAUCCUCCAAGGGACCAAGAAUGCCAAGAAGCUCAAGCAGUUCCACGAUGUCAACAACGUUUCAGUCUUCUUCCCUCCUGAGUCCGCGGAACAAUCCUCGGUGUUGCUCGUUUACGACCCUUCCACACACAAUGCAUCGCGCGACCCGGUGGAGAAGUCCAAGCAGAUCGAGGAUGUUGAACACGAGUUACUUGAGAUGGUCAAGGAAGCUGCCGACGUCAAGACCGAGUCUGUCUCUGUGGAGACAAAGUGGCACGAAGCUGUCAUCGGCAAGAACAGCACGACUCUUAACGCCAUUAUCGGCGAGGAGAAGACGCUAUCGAUCAAGCUUGGCAAGGACGUUGGCGACAGCACGACCGAGGAUAUCAUCGUUGUUCGUGGCGCUAGGGCCGACGUCGACCGUGCUGUCAAGGAAAUCAAGCAGAUCGUCGAAGAUGCCAAGAACGACGAGAUCGUCAGCAGCUAUUCCGUCGAGUUUGAGGUCGACAGGGAGUUCGUCGGACGCAUUGUUGGCUCUCAGGGCGCUGGUGUCAACAGAAUCCGUGAUCAACUCGGCGUCAAGGUUGAUUUCUCCGACGAACCCGAGGACAAGGAGAAAGAAGGAGGCAAGAAGAAGAAGGGUGCUCACCAGAAGUCCCAUGUCAAGAUCACCGGGCGGAAGGAGAAUGUCGAGGAAGCCAAGAAGCGUAUCCUUACUCAAGUCGAGCGCCUAGCGGACGAGACAUCCGAGAUAUUGAAGAUCCCCACCCAGUACCAUGCUUCCCUAAUCGGUCAGAGCGGCAAAUAUGCUAUCCGGUUGGAGGAGAAGUACGGUGUCAAGAUCACUUUCCCCCGCCAAGCCGAGGGCGCGGAAGCCAAGACGCGGGAAGUUCUGAAGGCUGAUGAAGUUCUCGUGAAGGGUGGCAAGAAAGGUGUUGCCGGCGCGAAGUCCGAGUUGUUGGAGGCCCUUGACUACGAGAAGGAGAAUAGCAACGUCGUCAAGUUCACGGUACCGACCCGGGCAGUCGCGCGUGUCCUUGGUAAGGGUGGAGCCACCAUCAACGAGAUCAAGGACGAGACGUCGACCCAGAUCGAUGUCGAGAAGGGCGGCGACGAUCACGCGCCAACUAACAUCACCAUCCGAGGCACCAAGAAGGCGAUACAAGAGGCGAAGGCCGCCAUCCUGAGCAUCGCAGACCAAGUCGGCGAGGAGGCUAACGACACUGUCACCAUUGAGAGCAAGUUCCACAGGACCAUCAUUGGUGCAGGCGGUCAAGGCCUUCGUGAGCUCAUCCAGAAAGCCGGAGGCCCUUCAGACCCUCGGCAACAAGCCGGCCUCAUUCGCUUCCCUCGUCAAGGCGAGUCUGGCGACGAGGUUCGCCUCCGGGGCGAUCCUAAGGUGGUAGCGAAGCUGAAGACGGAACUCGAGAAGGUGGCGGCGAGCCUCCGCGACCGUGUCGUAUUGGCGAUCGAGAUCCCCGCAGCUCAGCACCGCGCCCUUAUCGGACGCGGUGGUCAGCACCUGAACGACCUGCAGUCCCGGACUGGCUGCCAAGUCCAGUUCCCCGGCUCCCGGUCUUACCACAGCGUCGGCGAUGCAGAGAAUGCUGCCGACGUCAAGGAUGUUGACCCCGCGGACAUCGUAAAGGUGUCUGGACCUCGUGCAGCGUGUGAAGCUGCCAUCGCUGAGCUCAAGAAAUCUGUCAAGGCCCCUGGUCCUCCACCGCUGACGGCGACUGUGACGGUUCCGUUAAAGUAUCACCACUUCAUCUCGCAACAGGGCAACUUCUUCCGGAACCUUCGCUCAUUCGGCGUCACUGUGGAACACUCCGCGCUACCGCAGAAGGCAGCCGUCCCUGCUCCUCCGCCUCCCGCUGGUGCUAGCGAUGCUCGUAUCGACGAUGCAGGCGACGAUACCACGCCAGAGGUCAAGUGGCAAGUGGUGCCGAACUACCAGGAUGCGGAGGAGGGCGAGUCGGAAUGGACGCUCAAGGCCCGGGACGACGCAGCCUUGGAGAAAGCCAAGAAAAGGAUUGCAGAUGCAAUCGACCAGGCGGAGAAGAUGUCCCAUGUCGGCUUCCUCACUAUGCCCGAUCGCAGCGCGUUCCCGCGAAUCGUCGGAUCUAAGGGAGCCAACGUUGCUCGUCUUCGUGACGAAACCGGCGCAGACAUCACCCUUAGCCGCGAAAACACUACGAUAGUGAUCAUUGGUUCCGAGUCUGCAAUCGAGGCGGCCCGGGAGGCCAUCCAGAAGAUGGCGUCCAGCCGCCCUGGUCGCAGGGGUCGCGAUGAGUGAUUUUAAUUCGGCCUGCUUAGUGGAUGGAACUCCGUGGAACGCAUGCACCAUGUUACAUAGCUUAGCACAUCUCUCGCUGUCCCAAACAUAAAUACUGCCUUGUUUUUGUUUUGCUCGCUUUCGUCAUCGUUCCCCCGUGGGAAAGGUCGAGAAUCCUGGGACGAUUGACGCUUUCUCACCUAUAUUCUCGCUCUUGUACCCCGUUUUUUCUGUCAGUCGGACCAGAUCUCUGCUCUGGGACCGGGUCGGCUAUGACGGCAAGGCUUGUUGUGCAAGACGUCU